UCAAAAAAGCUAACAGGCAUUGACAUCGUCGCAGGCAGUCGGCCAACAACGGACUAACAAGACAUUCCAUACUUUUGUGUUGCAUACUUUUUGGCGCGUACUGUCCUCGAGCUCUUAACGCAAAUUGAAAACGUUUUUCAGUGGUCAGAUCAACAUAGAUAUCCAACUAAAACUUCGUAAAAGGCAACGUCUACUUCACGAUCGAAGUGAAAAAUUUCAAAUCUCUUCCGGCUGGGGUGGCAUGUGGAUAAAUUUUGGCCGACAUGGAUCCCAGUGCUCUACAAAACAUGGAUCGGGACGCAUUAAAGAAGCAAAUCGAGAAUAUGAAAUAUCAGGCCUCCAUGGAGCGCUGGCCGUUAUCUAAAAGCAUUGCUGAAAUGCGCUCCUUUAUUGAGGAGAACGAGAAGAAUGAUCCAUUGAUUAAUGCGCCGGAUAAAAAGAACAAUCCGUGGGCUGAAAAAGGCAAAUGUAUCAUCAUGUAAUAUUAUCGUAAACCACAGAAAUACCGUAAUGAUGAGCAUCCAACCAUCAACAACAA